AUGCCCAUCAUGCCGGUCAAAGAGACCGGAUUUGUGCAGAUGACAGAGCUCAACCAGUCCAAUGCGUCGCUACCAAACUCCCGGCAAGACCCAUGGAUUCCCACAGCUUGGCCAUCCGAUCCAAAACCAUUGGCCAACGAUCGAAUCAACGAAAUCCUACUGGACUUGUACGAUGUGGGCCUGUGCCUUAUUCCUAUCGCCCUCAUGGUCAAGAUUGGCCUUUGUCUAAAGGCCGAAAGCAUGGAUGACGAAGACGAAGGCUACUUCAUAGACGAAGUUGGUCCGUUGACCACCUAUUUAAUUCGUUUCAACGGCCAGCUCGCAACGGCCUUCACCAUUGUCUUCGUCUUGAUCUUCACAACCUUCCUGAAACGAUUGGCGUUGUGGAGAGCACAGAAAGGAGAGUAUGUGGCGAGGCUGGAGCAGUACCAGGCGAGCAUGUCUUUGAUCAGCACACUUCGCUCGGUCCUAUUUUUACGGGCGUUCGACUCGAUCAGCGUCGGUUUGAUCAUCAUGUGGUCCUUUUACUAUCUUGGAAGCCAGGCUAGCAAGGAGGAGUUUAAAUACCAAGUGUCCGGCCCUCCCUCGAAUCAUCUUGUCGCAUACCGCAGUUUUUCCGCUCCAUCAGCAUUUCAGAACGCGACGUACACAGGCUACCCACAGUCUUUCUUUGAACAUUUGAACCUACAAUAUGGCGUCUAUGUCACAUACGGUCAAAAAUCUCAGAAUAGUGACACGAGUCCUAAUCCAUCUGACUAUACUGGUGCGGCCCUUGUCCCUUUCCCUGAGGGCUACCCCUGGACGGACGUAUCUAAGUCAUCAGAGUACUGGUAUGCUUCAUUUGCCGGUUGCAACGUUUACCCCUUAUGGGAUUAUGAUACCCUAGCCAUGGCGUUCGUUGGCGACUACAACUUCGAAACAUCCUUUUUACAGGCGGAAUGCUCGAAUUGGACGCUUCUACAUGGAUCGCAAUUCCCCAAUGGCACCACCAAACCGAUUGUUCUCGCCAUGAACAUGAGUGACUCCGCAGCAGUCCACAAGGCGAACAACUAUACUAGUCCUCGGACUUUCACCAUUUCUGCCCAGCACAAUUCGUCUGUGGCCGUGCAAGUCUCUUGCACCAUCGUCCAGAAACACGUCGAGCUUGAGGUACAUUGCACCGGUGCCAGUUGCGGCACUCGCAGAAUGCGAGAUUCUCGCCAGCAGCACCCGUCCGAGAAUUCCACACCAUUCGAUGAUGACAUCUUUGCCGAGCGGUUCUUUCAGAACCUCGUCUCAAUCAAUCAACUCACCACCAAAAAUGCGAUCAGUUGGGGCACGGUGGACGACGCCUUCUUUGACGACUACACUGGCAAACCUCUGCCCACAUACGCAGGCAUUCUUGAGAACAUCAGAAACAACGUCGAUGGAGAUGGUGACUUUGUCAGCCUAGGGAUCACCCAAGUCCUAAACACGUAUUAUUAUACCUCUCAACUCAAAAGAUCCAACCCGGUCUAUUUCCCCUUAAAUUCCACCGACAUAGACUCCGUCAGAGCCGACCCUGACUUCGCAAUCACCCCCAUGAGGGGUGCCGAAUACAACCCCAGAUACGCUACGAACAAGGCUUGGAUUGCUGUUGAUUGCGUGUCCCAAGCAGUCUUAUUUGGAGCAGCCAUGGCCGCGUUCUGGCUGCGCAAGAACACCAUCGCGCCCGAUAUCUUCGGCUACGUGAGCAGCUUGACGAGGGAUAAUCCGCAUAUAGACCUCCCUGACGGGGGCACGACGCUCGGCGGACUGGAGAGAGCGAGACUUCUCAGAAACGUCAAGGUCAGGAUUGCCGACGUCUCGCGAGAUGGACAGGUCGGCCACGUCGGACUGGUGGCGGAAACACGGCAUGCCGACUAUCUCAGCCCGCAAAAGGUAUACGCUUGA